AUGUGGUGGCAGCGCCCUUCUAGUGCGCUGCCUAUCACUGUCUUUUUUCCAUGGACAAAAAACAUUUUAAUAUUUUUCGAAAUGUGGCGUUCUGCUAAGUCAUCGUUCUCGAGAUAUACCCUGGAGAUGGCUGAAGUUCUGUGCAAGUGCCUCAAAAGUCCAUACCGUGAGAACGCGCUCGCCAGGUACAAGCUCAACGUUAAACAAACUGACUACAUAAAUGGCCUAGCCCAAUCUCCACAGGUACCUAGUUCUGUUUUGAAUGACAAGAUGCGAAUAUCGCCGAAUCUCCACCUAUUCAUGAUUUUUGGUGGAUGUAUGUCGACUAUGUUUGCCGUAUCUGUUGGCAUUCUGGGCGGUGCGUCACUUACGUCUUUCAAGCAGCUUAUGGAACGCAAUAUUGUUCCGCUGCCGAUUGCUAAGAUUUUCUCUUUGAACGAUCGAUAUGACAGCCAAGUUUGUAUCCUUAAUAAUGUCUUUUCCGAGAAACAGGACAUUCCGCAGCAGUGCGGCUGCUCCUUCGCGCGUCUUCGCGCUAUUGAGCUAAAAUGUGCUAAUGAUCCAUCCUAUGAUGGUUACGACUGUAAUAAAAACAUUUGUGAAACGUGCUGUGUAUUAAGCAUGUCAACAACUUUCAACGCGGGAUCGCAGGAUUCACAAUACCCAGUGAGCUGCCAAAUGCGGUGUAUCAACUCUCCGGUGGCGUCUGACGUCACUGAAGACUCGCGGGCACUCCUGUCGGAGUUCCUCCAAAAAAUUAACGCACUCUAUCAUCCAGAUCCCUCUGGCGUGAAACAGCCUGAUGCUGCUGAUGUCCCGACAAAGUACCAUGUGCUGCCGCUGGAAGACCAGAGGGAUGAUACAUUCUAA